AUUUUCUUCUUAAAUUGCCAUUUUCGCUUUAGGAGAUGAAUGUUUUCCUUUGGCUGUUUUGGCAAUGACUCUGAAUUAAAGCGAUGCUAACGCCUUUUUUCCCCCUAAUUGUUAAAAGCUAUGGACUGCAGGAAGAUGGCCCGCUUCUCUUACAGUGUCGUUUGGAUCAUGGCCAUUUCUAAAGCCUUUGAGCUGGGAUUAGUUGCCGGGCUGGGCCAUCAGGAAUUUGCGCGUCCAUCUCGGGGAGACCUGGCCUUCAGAGAUGACAGCAUUCGGCCCCAGGAGGAGCCUGCAAUUCGGCCUCGGUCUUCCCAGCGUGUGCCGCCCAUGGGGAUACAGCACAGUAAGGAGCUAAACAGAACCUGCUGCCUGAAUGGGGGAACCUGCAUGCUGGGGUCCUUUUGUGCCUGCCCCCCCUCCUUCUACGGACGGAACUGUGAGCACAAUGUGCGCAAAGAGAACUGUGGGUCUGUGCCCCAUGACACCUGGCUGCCCAAGAAGUGUUCCCUGUGUAAAUGCUGGCACGGCCAGCUCCGCUGCUUUCCUCAGGCAUUUCUACCCGGCUGUGAUGGCCUUGUGAUGGAUGAGCACCUCGUGGCUUCCAGGACUCCAGAACUACCACCGUCUGCACGUACUACCACUUUUAUGCUAGCUGGCAUCUGCCUUUCUAUACAAAGCUACUAUUAA